AGCGCCAAUAAACACAGUCUUGUGGGACCUAUCGCUCAUUCCAUGCCUUGCUUCAAACGAACACGUUGUCAAUAUUGUAGAGGAGGAAACAACAAACGGAAAAAGAGAUUCAAUAUUUCCUUUGGGGGUACACCACUACAUAAAGAUAACAGCGAGUCCCUUGGUUGGGCAGCAGUCUGGAAAUUAUCUCCGAGUUAUGCGUAUCGACUAUCUUCACUCAUCCUUUGUCAAGCAAACAUUUCAACUAACUAGUCAAGAACUUCUAGAGCGUAGAUACUGAAUCGUCAGACGUCACAUGGGCCUUGCCGUGGUGUAAGUAAUUUGAAUGAGACCUCGUUUGCCCUGUUGUCGAUCACUAACAAUAUUCGUGUUGCACACAGGAAUCUAACCUUGACGGGGCUCAAGUUCUUCGAAACAGCUGAGAAAUAAGCCCGUUCAACAAGUCGACUCUAUCCUGUAACACUGGAUAAUUUUACUCCUUAUUAUGACGUCUUCCUGUGCGUUUUGUCCAUACAGGCCAGUCUAUGACAGCCCUUGAUGAUGAUUAAAACACCUAUAAGUAUAAGAUCUAUCAAUUUGACUUUGGAGUGUACCGUAUUUGCGUUUAUAGCUGAAGACCAACUUGGAUAGCAAACCGGGUCGCCAGUUAACCAACACCACCCGGUAUGCGCUCCCAUUUCACUUUGCUCUUGUAUAUACUCUACAUUUGCUGUGGAUUGACGGCUGUCGGUGUCGACGCCGCUGACGGUGGACGCCGCCGGGGCAAAGCGAAGAAAGCCCGACAACGGAAACCCGCAGGUCUUAAUUGGAAGGGUUCUAAAAACCAAGUAGAUGAGAAUGAUUCAUCAGCCAGUAUUAAUGGCUUGGUGUUCGGACAAGAGACUUACGAAGGAGAGGUGACAGAGAAUGCCCCGGUAGGCUCACUGGUGCUCACCAUAUCUGCAUCACGGACUGGAAAUGAAGGCAGAAAUCGAAACAUCAGAUACGAAAUCAAGAAGAGGAAAUUUGAUACGUUGUCCCCGCCUCUCAGCAUCGACGCUGUGACUGGUGAAAUACGAACACUGCGGGCGCUUGACUUUGAGACAACCAAGGAGUACAGUGUACUUGGCUACGCAAAAAUUGAGGGGAACAAAAAUAUUAAAGCAACUACACGGAUAACUCUGAGAGUAUUAAAUGUGGAUGAUGUACCAUUGAGGUUCACACAUGACGUUUAUGAAGCAUAUAUUGAUGAAAACACUCCCGGUCAGGUGAAUAACUCGGUUGAAUUAGAGCAAGGAGAUUCGGAUUUGACUUUCAGUUUAAAAUCCUCCACUCCGUAUUAUGGCCUGGAAGUGUUUUUCAUACACCCGAGGACGGGAAGGGUGUCAGUUAGUUCCCCACUGGACAGGGAAGAAGAUGAUAGAUUCACCCUGGUUGUGCUCGCAACAUCCCGUAAGCAGUCAGCUGAAACCAGACUAAUCAUCCAUGUAAAUGACUUAAAUGACAACCCGCCAAUAUUCCCCCACCACGUCAUGACGUUCUACAUCUUUGAGAACUACCCCUGCUGGCUCCCACUGAACGCCACUGACAAGGACAAAGGAGAAAACGCCGUCAUACAGUACCGAAUAGCUUGGGGUGCCACCCGAUUCUUCAAAAUUGACCCCGACGAUGGGUCAAUUGAGAACAUCCGCAGGAUUGACUACGAGAAACAUAAGAUCUUCAGGAUGGUAGUUAAUGCGUACUCUGGCAAUCUCUUUGGAUAUUCUAGGGUGGUGAUACGUGUCAUUGAUACAAACGACAACCCACCGAUCCUGAAUGACUUCCAGGUAUUUUACAACGCCUUGCCGGACGCCCUAUCCGGGGCUGAGCUUGCCCGGGUUCCUGCCAAAGAUGUUGACCAUGAAGGGGUGUUGCGCUUCGGCAUCGUACCCGAACGCUCCCGGUGGAAUAAACUCAUCACGAUCGAUGAAGUCACUGGAGUCCUCAGUAUGUCAAAUACAAGAUCAAGGGAAGUGCGGAAUAAGAUAGUAACUGACAUUACCGUGUAUGUCACAGAUGGUGUACAUGGGGCUCAAGCAAGUUGUCGUCUAGAGUUGACACCAAUAUCCAUUGAGAUGAUGGCUAACGGUGUUAGUGUCAAUGUCCUGAAUGUCACUGAAGACAACUUCCUAAGGUCAUUCAGACUCAAUGCACUGCGAGAUGCUCUGGCUCAUACGCUCAACUCACACGCAAAUCAACUAGUCAUCUUUAAUCUACAAGAGGUAGCACGCGACGGUUAUCCACUUCUUAAUGUCUCAUUCUCGGCACGUGACUUGGACAACAAGUUCUUCUCGCGGGAACACAUCUUAAGCACGAUAUACUUCGAGAGGAGGAGUAUAGAAGCAAUGAGUGGACUGCCUAUUCUCCCUGCUGAAGAUGAUGUGUGCGUCUUGGAGACAUGUAAUGAUCUACAAAGAUGCGUGCCCAGAAAGAAUCUGACUCAGAUAUCCUCCGUUCUGGCCCAUUCUACGGGAGAUCUCAUAACCUUCCGAGGCGUUCAUCCCGCUGUGGAGAAGUCUUGUGAAUGCCCCAAUAUUUACAGUAUCAAUAACUGCUCGGAAUUCGUGAAUUACUGCGAGUCGCAACCGUGUUUGAACGGCGGGACUUGCGAAGCAACUGACGGUGGAUACUCCUGCCUCUGCCCAACACAUUUUGCCGGUGACGAUUGCCAAGUGGAUUUCAGUGAAGGGUAUUGUUUCGAAGAUGCGUGCAAACAUGGUGGACAGUGCCUCAAUCUAACCGAGGGAGGCUUCGUCUGCCAAUGCAUGCCGGGAUACGAUGGUCCACAGUGUGAGAUGACGUCACGGUUCUUCCCUUCCGGUUCCUACAUGACCUUUCCGAGUCUUCACCAGCGAUCUAUGAUGAGCAUUUCUCUCAACUUUUCAACCGAAGUGACGGACGGGCUGCUGUUGUAUGUGUCCAGAUACAGUCAAGUGAAUGAUUUACUGGCCAUCGAGAUCAUUGAUACACAAAUUGCAUUCUCCUUUGCCGUUGGCAAGAUGACCAUGCGUGUUAUGGUCGGCACUCCUGGGGGAGUCAGCGACCACAAAUGGCACGUUGUUGAACUCAUCUACCGGGACAAGAUGGUGGAGGUUAUGUUGGAUAGUUGCGACCGUGAUGCCGAGGGUGAAAUUAUCAAUAACUACCCGUGCGUUGCGUACGCCACACAGGCACUGGAUGUCACCACAUGGUUCUUGGAUGUGAACACGCCCCUUUUAGUCGGUAGUAUUCCAGCCAAUCAGGAGGAGACACGUAUUCUAAGCCGAAAUUUCAUUGGCUGUAUCAGAGAAGUCCGCAUAGAUAAUAAGAUAUUGGAUCUUGCAGAUAGUUUGACUGACUUCGGUACAGAACCCGGAUGUCCCUCCUGAGAAAGCAUCUCAACUAUAACAGGAUGACUACAUCAUCACAUCAAUAUAAAUCCAGUCUUGUGCUUUGGUACAAUGAUUGCAACCACUCAUUGUAUACGUUGUGUAGUACUUAAAACUUGGACACUAUUGGUAAUUAGUCAAAAUAAUUAUUAUCAUAAAACCUGACUUGGUAACGAGUAAUGGGGAGAGGU